AUUAAAAAAAAACCCUUUUACAGGCCACGAGAAAACAGUAAACAUCCCACAGGAUUGGAUUACGAUGCACUCUCGCUGCCGUGCCAGCAUGAGGGCACAAAUCCAGAUGGAAGUCGCUGCUUCACUGCAGUAUCUUGCUAUGGGCGCACAUUUCUCCAGGGAUGAGGUAAACAGACCGGGUUUUGCGAAGCUUUUCUUCGACGCCGGAACCGAAGAGCGUGAGCACGCCAUGAAGUUAAUUGAAUACCUGCUCAUGCGAGGUGAACUUACUAGUGACGUCAGCUCGCUUAUUGCUUUCAAGCCUCCUCAACGUAAGAACUGGGAGAGCGGCGUGGAUGCUCUCGAACAUGCACUAAAGAUGGAAGCUGAUGUCACCAAAAGCAUUAGAAAUGUUAUUGAUGACUGCGAAAGCGAUCCAGAGUUCAACGACUACCAUCUCGUCGACUACCUGGCUGGUGAAUUCCUUGAAGAGCAAUACAAGGGUCAACGUGACCUGGCUGGCAAGGCUUCCACGUUGAAGAAGAUGAUGGAUCGCCAUGUGUCUCUUGGAGAGUUCUUAUUUGACAAGAAACUUCUUGGCAUGGACAUCUAAACAACUAAUUUUUAAAGAAAAUAAAAAAAGAGUAAUUAUGAUUAUUUUUCCGUUCAAAACUAUGUCAAAAAGUAUUAGAAAAUUUUUAAGGUUGUGUAGUUUAUUAAAAACGUCAAACGUUUAAUCGUAAGGAAUAAAACAUUAAAAAAUAUCACGUAGGUAUAUUUAAAAAACAACCUCACACGUUAAGAACCCGCCAUUUUAAAUGUCCUUUCAAAAUGGCGGUUUGAAAAUUGUAGAAAAUUAAGUAAUGUUUAAGAAUUGUAAUUAUACAUUGAAAUAGAUUAGGUUUAGAGUUUUUCUAAUUGUAUACUCCACUACUUUACUAAUUUUAUAUAAAACAAUUAAAAAAAUACAACAAAUUUAUAUACAUAAAUUUAUGUAUUAGUUUUUCAAAUUUGAAAUUGGCGCUAAAGAUGGCGCCCGCUUUACCUUAUUAUAACAAAAUUAGAUAAAAAUGAAAUUUCUUCUUCAAGUUGUUGCAAUUUUCAGUAUUUAUUUCAUUAUUUCUUAUAAAUAAAACGUUUUGUCAACCGCAAAAUGUAGUCUUAUUAUAAAUUAAAUCUGUAAACAUGCCAUAAAU